AUGUCGGAAGGCCAGGUGACUUUGCGCACGCGCAAGUUCAUCCGCAACCCACUCCUCGCCCGCAAGCAAAUGGUCGUUGACGUCCUUCACCCCAACCGCCCCAAUGUGAGCAAAGACGAACUCCGCGACAAGCUGGCCGAACUCUACAAGGCACCCAAGGACCAAGUCUCCUGCUUCGGCUUCCGAACACAGUAUGGUGGUGGCAAGAGCACGGGUUUCGCUCUCGUCUACGAUUCCGCUGAGGCGAUCAAGAAGUUCGAGCCCCAUUACAGACUUGUGCGAUACGGACAGGCGAGCAAGAUUGAGAAGGCUAGCAGGCAGCAACGCAAGCAGAGGAAGAACCGCAUGAAGGAGCUUCGGGGUACGGCCAAGGUCAAGGGUGCGAAGAGCAAGAAGGAGAAAUAG